GUCAUUUAAAUCAUACUAGUACGUACAUAAACCAGCCUAAAGUGUAUGGAAACUAUAGAGUUUUUGUCAAACUACACAAUGUUACGACCACUGACAACCUUAUCAUUAUCCGCGAAAAUAAUUGAUAAUCUUCACAAAAAUGGGUAUUAUUACGUCGAAGAUAUUGACAACAAUCCAGAAAUUGUUGAAAAAUAUGUUAACUCUGAAAUGUUGAAAAAAUCUUUAAAUCCUCCCAUAACAUUGACAUCAUUAGAUCAUUGGCAGGCAGAAUUGCAGUAUCAGAAAUUAAAAACGUCAAGUGAAUCAUUGAAUGAUAUUCUUGAUGGUGGAUUUCAGUGUGGAACAAUUACAGAGUUGUGUGGCAUUCAAGGUUCAGGAAAAACUCAAGUUUGCUUUCAAGCCAGUAUUGCAGCACAAUUGCCAGAAAAUGUUGGUGGUUUAGAAGGCCAAUCGCUUUAUAUUGAUACAAGGAAUGCAUUUUCUUGCCAAAGAAUUAAUGAUUUUAUUCAAGGCUUUCGAAAAUUACAUCCGAAAUUAUCAUUACCUACUGACAAAAUUCUGGAAAAUAUUUUUGUUUCAUCACCAAAAUCAAUUGACGAUUUAAACAAUACAAUUACAAAAUUGAAAAAAAUUUUAAAAUACUCCAAAAACAUUUCGAUUCGAGCAAUAAUAGUUGAUAGCUUAUCAUUUUUAAUUUGUUCAACGGAUGACCCAUCAACAAGAUUCAAAAAUUACAUACAAAUACUAGAUAAUUUACAAGAUAUAGCUUCAAAAUACAACCUUACAGUAAUAGUUGUUAAUGAAUUAGUAACUCAAUGCGAUGUUAACAAUGAAAUUUAUUUUGUAAGUGCUGGAGGACAGAAUGUUGCUAAUCGUUGUCAAAAGCGUUUGAUGCUAGCUCGAAUUAGUGGUUCAAAGUUCGCAGCUCGAAUUAUAAAGUCUUCAGUAAUGCCUCAAGUAACAGUUCCAUUUUAUAUAACGGCUGAUGGAAUUUCGGAUGAAAUUUAAAACUUAAGAAGUAUGAUAAUGAAUUUAAAAAACCAUAGUGUUUGAGAAUUAAACAAUUUAUUUGUCAAUAAAAUUUUCAGCGAUACAAGCAACAGUAGAUAGUUUAAAAGUCGUGUAUAUAAUAUCAAAAUAAG